AGGCAUCACGCUGGCUUUUGCCUGGGGUUCUCAGGAGGGGAGAGUUGGGAGAGGAUUUGCUGCUGAGGAAAUUUAUUUGGUAGAUUGAAGGUUUAAACGAGAGCUACAGAAACUAAAGAAAAAGUCUGUAUAAGCCGAUGGUGUUCGGGAAGAAAAUAACUCCAUUGCCUUGAGUUUGUAGGUGCCACUACUACUCUGGAAAAAUGGCAGAUGACGAAGAAUAUGAGGAGGUGGUGGAGUACUACACGGAAGAGGUGGUUUAUGAAGAGGUGCCGGGAGAGACAAUAACAGAAAUUUAUGAGACUACAACGACAAGGACGUCUGACUAUGAGCAAUCGGAAACUUCCAAACCAGCUCUGGCACAGCCAGCACUGGCACAGCCGGCACCAGCAAAGCCGGUGGAGAGGAGGAAGGUCAUCCGGAAGAAAGUGGAUCCUUCAAAGUUCAUGACCCCCUACAUUGCACACAGUCAGAAAAUGCAGGAUCUUUUUAGCCCAAAUAAAUACAAGGAGAAAUUUGAGAAAACAAAAGGACGGCCAUACGCCAGUACAACAGAUACCCCAGAACUUCGCAGAAUCAAAAAAGUACAAGAUCAACUCAGUGAGGUUAAGUAUCGAAUAGAUGGUGAUGUUGCUAAGACUAUCUGUCACGUAGACGAAAAAGCAAAGGAUAUUGAACAUGCAAAGAAAGUGUCGCAGCAAGUCAGUAAGGUUUUAUACAAGCAGAACUGGGAAGACACCAAGGAUAAAUACCUGCUUCCUCCUGAUGCCCCUGAACUUGUCCAGGCCGUUAAGAACACCGCCAUGUUCAGCAAGAAACUGUACACUGAAGACUGGGAAGCAGACAAAACUUUGUUUUACCCCUACAAUGACAGCCCAGAACUGAGGAGAGUUGCCCAGGCCCAGAAAGCUCUCAGUGAUGUUGCCUACAAAAAAGGUCUCGCUGAACAGCAAGCUCAAUUCACGCCUCUGGCCGAUCCUCCAGAAAUAGAAUUUGCCAAGAAAGUAACCAAUCAAGUGAGCAAGCAAAAAUACAAAGAAGACUAUGAAAAUAAAAUCAAAGGCAAAUGGAGUGAGACACCUUGCUUUGAAGUUGCAAACGCCAGAAUGAAUGCUGAUAACAUCAGUACAAGGAAAUACCAGGAAGAUUUUGAAAACAUGAAAGACCAGAUCUACUUCAUGCAGACUGAAACACCGGAGUAUAAAAUGAAUAAAAAAGCUGGUGUGGCAGCUAGCAAGGUAAAAUACAAAGAAGACUAUGAAAAGAAUAAAGGAAAAGCAGAUUAUAAUGUGCUUCCUGCUUCAGAGAACCCACUGCUUAAGCAGCUGAAGGCGGCAGGAGAUGCCCUAAGUGAUAAACUAUACAAGGAAAACUAUGAAAAGACAAAGGCAAAGAGCAUAAAUUACUGCGAGACCCCCAAAUUCAAGCUCGAUACCGUUCUGCAGAACUUCAGCAGUGAUAAGAAAUAUAAAGAUUCCUACUUAAAAAAUAUUUUGGGACAUUAUGUAGGCAGCUUCGAGGAUCCCUACCAUUCACACUGCAUGAGAGUCACAGCUCAAAACAGUGAUAAAAACUACAAAGCAGAAUAUGAAGAAGACAGAGGCAAAGGCUUCUUCCCUCAGACCAUAACUCAAGAAUAUGAAGCAAUUAAGAAACUAGAUCAGUGUAAAGAUCACACCUACAAAGUCCAUCCAGAUAAGACAAAAUUCACCCAAGUUACCGACUCUCCUGUUCUGCUACAAGCCCAAGUCAAUUCCAAACAACUGAGUGAUUUAAAUUACAAAGCAAAACAUGAAAGUGAAAAGUUCAAGUGCCAUAUCCCUCCUGAUACUCCUGCUCUUAUCCAGCACAAAGUCAAUGCCUAUAACCUGAGUGAUAAUCUUUAUAAGCAAGACUGGGAGAAGAGCAAAGCCAAGAAGUUUGACAUUAAAGUGGACGCCAUUCCCCUGUUGGCAGCCAAAGCCAACACCAAGAACACCAGUGAUGUGAUGUACAAGAAAGACUAUGAAAAAAACAAAGGGAAAAUGAUUGGAGCCCUCAGCAUUAAUGACGAUCCCAAGAUGCUGCACUCCUUGAAGGUGGCCAAAAACCAGAGUGACAGAUUAUACAAGGAAAACUACGAGAAGACAAAGGCAAAGAGUAUGAACUACUGCGAGACCCCAAAAUAUCAACUUGAUACACAGUUGAAGAACUUCAGUGAGGCUAAAUAUAAAGACUUAUAUGUAAAGAAUAUUUUGGGACAUUAUGUAGGCAGCUUUGAGGACCCAUAUCACACACACUGCAUGAAAGUUGCAGCUCAAAACAGUGACAAAAGUUACAAAGCAGAAUAUGAAGAAGAUAAAGGAAAGUGCUAUUUCCCUCAGACAAUAACACAAGAAUAUGAAGCAAUCAAGAAGCUGGACCAGUGUAAAGAUCAUACCUACAAAGUUCAUCCAGAUAAGACCAAGUUCACAGCAGUCACUGAUACUCCUGUAAUGUUGCAAGCCCAACUCAACACGAAACAGCUUAGUGAUCUGAAUUACAAAGCAAAACAUGAAGGUGAGAAGUUCAAGUGCCAUGUACCAGCAGAUGCUCCACAGUUUAUCCAACACAGAGUCAAUGCCUACAAUCUGAGUGAUAAUCUUUAUAAGCAAGACUGGGAGAAGAGCAAAGCCAAGAAGUUUGACAUUAAAGUGGACGCCAUUCCCCUGUUGGCAGCCAAAGCCAACACCAAGAACACCAGCGAUGUGAUGUACAAGAAAGACUAUGAAAAGAGCAAAGGGAAAAUGAUUGGGGCCCUCAGCAUUAAUGACGAUCCCAAGAUGCUGCACUCCUUGAAGACAGCCAAAAACCAGAGUGAUCGCGAAUAUCGAAAAGAUUAUGAAAAGUCAAAAACUAUCUACACGGCACCUCUUGAUAUGCUCCAAGUCACUCAAGCUAAGAAAUCUCAGGCAAUUGCCAGUGACGUUGAUUAUAAGCACAUCUUACACAGUUACAGCUACCCGCCCGAUAGCAUCAACGUGGACCUUGCCAAGAAGGCAUAUGCACUACAGAGCGAUGUUGAAUACAAAGCUGACUACAAUAGCUGGAUGAAAGGUUGUGGCUGGCUGCCUUUUGGGUCCUUAGAAAUGGAAAAGGCCAAGCGAGCUUCAGACAUCCUCAAUGAGAAAAAAUAUCGCCAACAUCCAGACACGCUCAAGUUUACCUCGAUUGAAGAUGCUCCAAUUACAGUACAGUCUAAAAUUAAUCAGGCCCAGAGGAGUGAUAUCGCUUACAAAGCCAAAGGAGAAGAAAUUAUUCACAAAUACAACCUACCAGCAGACCUGCCUCAGUUCAUCCAGGCUAAAGUUAAUGCCUACAAUAUCAGUGAGAAUAUGUACAAAGCAGACUUGAAAGACUUGAGCAAGAAGGGAUAUGACCUGAGAACUGAUGCGAUUCCCAUCAGAGCUGCCAAAGCUGCCAGGCAGGCAGCGAGUGACGUUCAAUACAAAAAAGACUAUGAAAAAGCUAAAGGGAAAAUGGUCGGCUUCCAAAGUCUUCAAGAUGACCCUAAACUGGUUCAUUAUAUGAACGUGGCCAAGAUACAAUCAGAUCGGGAGUAUAAAAAAGACUAUGAGAAGACAAAGACCAAAUACAACACGCCCCAUGAUAUGUUCAAUGUCGUGGCAGCUAAGAAAGCUCAGGAUGUGGUCAGCAAUGUCAACUAUAAGCAUUCUCUCCAUCAUUACACCUACUUGCCUGACGCCAUGGACCUGGAGCUGUCUAAGAACAUGAUGCAGAUACAGAGUGAUAACGUCUACAAGGAAGACUACAACAACUGGAUGAAAGGCAUUGGCUGGAUUCCUAUCGGUAGUCUCGACGUCGAAAAAGUUAAAAAGGCCGGUGACGCUCUGAAUGAAAAGAAGUACAGGCAACAUCCAGACACCCUCAAAUUUACCAGCAUUGUGGACUCCCCAGUUAUGGUCCAGGCAAAGCAGAACACGAAGCAAGUCAGUGAUAUCUUAUACAAAGCUAAAGGAGAAGAUGUGAAACAUAAAUACACCAUGAGUCCUGAUCUUCCUCAGUUUCUCCAGGCCAAGUGCAAUGCUUACAAUAUAAGUGACGUCUGUUAUAAACGGGAUUGGCACGACUUAAUAGCCAAGGGCAACAAUGUGCUGGGUGAUGCUAUUCCCAUCACUGCAGCCAAGGCAUCGAGAAACAUUGCCAGUGAUUAUAAAUACAAGGAAGCUUAUGAGAAGGCAAAGGGAAAGCAUGUGGGUUUCAGAAGCCUCCAGGAUGAUCCCAAGCUGGUCCACUAUAUGAAUGUGGCAAAGAUGCAGUCCGAUCGUGAAUACAAGAAGAACUAUGAGAACACCAAAACCAGCUACCAUACCCCUGGGGACAUGGUUAGCAUCACAGCUGCAAAGAUGGCCCAGGAUGUCGCUACCAAUGUAAACUACAAACAGCCAUUGCAUCAUUAUACAUACCUACCUGACGCCCUGAGUCUUGAGCAUACAAGGAAUGUCAAUCAAAUUCAGAGUGAUAAUGUGUAUAAAGACGAGUAUAACAGCUUCUUCAAGGGCAUCGGAUGGAUCCCUAUUGGUUCCCUGGAGGUGGAGAAGGUCAAGAAAGCAGGCGAUGCAUUAAAUGAGAAGAAGUAUCGACAGCACCCAGAUACCAUCAAGUUCACAAGUUUGCCUGAUUCCAUGGGCAUGGUGUUGGCUCAGCAUAACACAAAGCAGCUAAGUGAUUUGAACUACAAGGUGGAGGGAGAGAAACUGAAGCACAAGUACACUAUUGACCCCGAAUUGCCUCAGUUUAUUCAAGCCAAAGUCAACGCCCUCAACAUGAGUGACGCUCAUUAUAAAGCAGAUUGGAAGAAAACCAUUGCCAAGGGCUAUGAUUUGAGACCAGAUGCCAUCCCAAUUGUUGCUGCAAAAAGUUCAAGGAAUAUUGCUAGUGAUUGCAAAUAUAAGGAGGCCUACGAGAAAGCCAAAGGCAAGCAAGUUGGAUUUCGCAGUCUUCAGGAUGAUCCUAAACUGGUUCACUAUAUGAAUGUGGCCAAAAUGCAGUCUGAUCGUGAGUACAAAAAGGGCUAUGAAGCCAGCAAGACCAAGUACCACACACCUCUGGAUAUGGUCAGUGUGACAGCUGCAAAGAAAUCUCAGGAGGUUGCCACCAACGCCAACUACAGACAGCCAUACCACCAUUACACUCUCCUGCCCGAUGCCUUGAAUGUGGAGCACUCCAGGAAUGCCAUGCAGAUUCAGAGCGAUAAUCUGUACAAAUCUGACUUCACCAAUUGGAUGAAAGGGAUCGGUUGGGUCCCCAUAGAGUCCCUAGAGGUGGAGAAGGCAAAGAAAGCAGGAGAGAUUCUGAGUGAGAAGAAGUAUCGCCAGCACCCCGAGAAGUUGAAAUUCACGUACGCCAUGGACACAAUGGAACAGGCACUUAACAAGAGUAACAAACUGAACAUGGACAAGAGGCUCUAUACUGAAAAAUGGAACAAGGACAAGACCACCAUUCAUGUCAUGCCUGACACACCAGAUAUUUUACUCUCCAGAGUAAAUCAAAUCACCAUGAGUGAUAAACUGUACAAAGCUGGCUGGGAAGAAGAAAAGAAGAAAGGAUAUGACCUGAGACCUGAUGCCAUUGCAAUAAAGGCUGCAAGAGCCUCUAGAGACAUUGCCAGUGAUUACAAAUACAAGCAAGCCUAUGAACAAGCCAAAGGGAAACACAUUGGCUUCCGGAGCCUGGAAGAUGACCCCAAGCUGGUGCACUUCAUGCAGGUGGCCAAGAUGCAGUCAGACCGAGAGUACAAGAAGGGAUACGAGAAAUCCAAGACCUCCUUCCAUACCCCAGUGGACAUGCUCAGUGUGGUGGCUGCCAAGAAGUCUCAGGAAGUGGCCACCAAUGCCAACUACAGGAACUUGAUCCAUACCUACAACAUGCUUCCUGAUGCCAUGAGCUUUGAAUUGGCCAAAACUAGGAUGCAGAUUCAGAGUGAUAAUCAGUACAAGGCUGACUAUGCUGACUUCAUGAAGGGCAUUGGAUGGCUCCCUCUGGGCUCCCUGGAAGCGGAGAAAAACAAGAAAGCCAUGGAGAUUAUUAGUGAAAAGAAGUACCGCCAGCACCCAGACACUUUGAAGUAUUCCACAUUGAUGGACUCGAUGAACAUGGUUUUGGCCCAGAAUAAUGCAAAAAUUAUGAACGAACAUCUCUACAAACAAGCAUGGGAGGCUGAUAAAACCAAAGUCCACAUCAUGCCUGAUAUCCCCCAGAUUAUUUUGGCAAAGGCAAAUGCAAUUAAUAUGAGUGAUAAACUCUACAAACUUUCCUUGGAAGAGUCUAAAAAGAAAGGCUAUGAUCUCAGACCGGAUGCAAUUCCUAUCAAAGCUGCUAAGGCUUCCAGAGAUAUUGCAAGUGAUUAUAAAUACAAGCACGAUUAUGAAAAAGGGAAGGGGAAAAUGGUUGGUUUCCGCAGUCUCGAGGAUGAUCCCAAAUUAGUCCAUUCCAUGCAAGUGGCUAAGAUGCAAUCUGAUCGGGAGUACAAGAAAAACUAUGAGAACACAAAGACCAGCUACCACACCCCUGCUGACAUGCUCAGUGUCACGGCUGCCAAGGAUGCACAAGCCAACAUCACCAAUACUAACUACAAGCACUUGAUUCACAAGUACAUCCUCCUUCCAGAUGCAAUGAACAUUGAACUGACCAGGAAUAUGAAUCGCAUACAGAGUGAUAACGAAUAUAAGCAAGAUUACAAUGAAUGGUACAAAGGGCUUGGCUGGAGUCCAGCAGGUUCUCUGGAAGUGGAGAAGGCCAAGAAAGCAACUGAAUAUGCCAGUGAUCAGAAAUACCGCCAGCACCCAAGCAACUUUCAGUUUAAGAAGCUGACUGAUUCCAUGGACAUGGUGCUUGCCAAGCAGAAUGCGCAUACCAUGAACAAGUAUUUAUACACCGUUGAUUGGAAUAAAGAUAAGACCAAUGUUCACGUGAUGCCUGAUACACCAGAUAUUUUACAAGCCAAACAGAAUCAAACACUGUAUAGUCAGAAACUCUAUAAACUUGGAUGGGAAGAAUCUUUGAAGAAAGGCUAUGAUCUCCCAGUUGAUGCGAUUUCUGUACAGCUAGCUAAAGCUUCAAGAGACAUUGCUAGUGAUUUUAAAUACAAACAAGGCUACCGAAAGCAACUUGGCCACCAUGUUGGAUUCCGGAGUCUGCAAGAUGACCCAAAACUUGUGUUGUCCAUGAAUGUAGCCAAAAUGCAGAGUGAAAGAGAAUAUAAGAAGGACUUUGAGAAGUGGAAAACUAAGUUCUCCAGUCCAGUGGACAUGUUGGGAGUGGUACUGGCCAAGAAGUGUCAGGAGUUGGUUAGUGACGUGGACUACAAGAACUACUUACAUCAGUGGACAUGUCUGCCUGAUCAGAACGAUGUUGUGCAAGCUAAGAAAGUUUAUGAACUGCAAAGUGAGAAUCUAUAUAAAUCUGACCUAGAGUGGCUGAGAGGCAUAGGAUGGAGUCCCUUGGGUUCUUUAGAGGCAGAAAAGAACAAGCGGGCUUCGGAAAUCAUCAGUGAGAAAAAAUAUCGUCAGCCUCCAGACAGAAACAAGUUCACCAGCAUUCCUGAUGCCAUGGACAUAGUUCUGGCAAAGACAAAUGCCAAAAAUAGGAGUGAUAGACUUUAUAGAGAAGCUUGGGACAAAGACAAGACUCAGAUCCACAUCAUGCCUGAUACGCCUGACAUUGUUCUGGCUAAAGCAAAUUUAAUCAACACAAGUGAUAAACUCUACCGAAUGGGUUAUGAGGAGCUGAAGAGAAAAGGUUAUGAUCUUCCUGUUGAUGCCAUACCAAUCAAAGCAGCAAAAGCCUCCCGGGAAAUUGCCAGUGAAUACAAAUACAAAGAUGGUUACCGCAAGCAGCUCGGCCACCACAUUGGAGCCCGGAACAUUGAAGAUGACCCCAAGAUGAUGUGGUCCAUGCAUGUGGCCAAGAUCCAGAGUGACAGGGAGUACAAGAAGGACUUUGAGAAGUGGAAGACCAAGUUUAGUAGCCCAGUGGACAUGCUGGGGGUGGUGCUGGCCAAGAAGUGCCAGACUUUAGUCAGUGACGUGGACUACAAGAACUACCUGCACCAGUGGACGUGCCUGCCCGAUCAGAGUGAUGUCAUCCAUGCUCGGCAGGCCUAUGACCUCCAGAGCGACAAUUUGUACAAGUCAGACCUUCAGUGGCUAAAAGGCAUUGGCUGGAUGCCUAGUGGUUCUCUCGAGGAUGAGAAAAACAAACGAGCCACCCAGAUUUUGAGUGACCAUGUUUACCGUCAGCACCCAGAUAAAUUUAAGUUUUCCAGCCUUAUGGAUUCCAUACCAAUGGUUUUGGCAAAAAACAAUGCUAUUACCAUGAAUCAUCGCCUCUAUACAGAAGCUUGGGAUAAGGAUAAAACCACUGUCCACAUUAUGCCAGACACCCCUGAAGUUUUAUUAGCAAAACAAAACAAAGUAAAUUACAGUGAGAAACUAUAUAAGCUUGGCCUAGAAGAAGCCAAGAGGAAAGGUUAUGAUAUGCGGGUAGAUGCCAUUCCUAUCAAGGCAGCCAAGGCCUCCAGAGAUAUUGCAAGUGAAUUCAAGUACAAAGAAGGCUAUCGUAAGCAGCUUGGCCACCACAUUGGUGCCCGAGCUAUACAUGAUGACCCCAAGAUGAUGUGGUCCAUGCAUGUGGCCAAGAUCCAGAGUGACAGGGAGUAUAAGAAGGACUUUGAGAAGUGGAAGACCAAGUUCAGUAGCCCAGUAGACAUGCUGGGGGUGGUGUUGGCCAAGAAGUGCCAGACCUUAGUCAGCGACGUGGACUACAAGAACUACCUGCACCAGUGGACGUGCCUGCCCGACCAGAGCGACGUCAUCCAUGCUCGGCAGGCCUAUGACCUCCAGAGCGAUAAUAUGUACAAGUCUGAUCUCCAGUGGAUGAGAGGCAUCGGCUGGGUGCCCAUUGGCUCUUUGGAUGUGGAAAAAUGCAAAAGGGCAACUGAAAUUUUGAGUGAUAAAAUCUAUCGCCAGCCUCCAGACACAUUCAAAUUUACCAGUGUGACUGACUCUCUGGAACAAGUGUUGGCCAAAAAUAAUGCCAUCACUAUGAACAAGCGUUUAUACACAGAAGCCUGGGACAAAGACAAGACGCAGAUACACAUAAUGCCUGACACACCAGAAAUUAUGUUGGCAAGAACGAACAAAAUCAACUACAGUGAGACUCUGUACAAACUUGCUCAUGAAGAAGCAAAGAAGGAAGGCUAUGACUUGCGAAGCGAUGCCAUCCCCAUCGUGGCGGCCAAGGCCUCCAGGGACAUCAUCAGUGACUACAAAUAUAAAGAUGGUUACCGCAAGCAGCUCGGCCACCACAUUGGAGCCCGGAACAUUGAAGAUGACCCCAAGAUGAUGUGGUCCAUGCACGUGGCCAAGAUCCAGAGUGACAGAGAGUACAAGAAGGACUUUGAGAAGUGGAAGACCAAGUUCAGCAGCCCAGUGGACAUGCUGGGGGUGGUGCUGGCCAAGAAGUGCCAGACUUUAGUCAGCGACGUGGACUACAAGAACUACCUGCACGAGUGGACCUGCCUGCCCGACCAGAAUGAUGUCAUGCAUGCUCGGCAGGCCUAUGACCUCCAGAGCGAUAACAUUUACAAAUCUGAUCUCCAGUGGCUGAGAGGCAUUGGCUGGGUCCCCAUUGGGUCUGUGGAUGUGGUCAAGUGCAAGAGAGCUGCCGAAAUACUGAGUGAUAACAUCUACCGCCAGCCUCCGGACAAGCUGAAAUUUACCAGUGUGACUGAUUCUCUAGAACAGGUGCUGGCCAAGAACAACGCCCUCAACAUGAACAAGCGCUUAUACACAGAAGCCUGGGACAAAGACAAGACCCAAGUGCAUAUUAUGCCUGAUACACCUGAAAUCAUGUUGGCAAGACAAAAUAAAAUAAAUUACAGUGAGAGCCUCUAUCGUCAGGCCAUGGAAGAAGCCAAGAAAGAAGGCUAUGACUUGAGAAGUGAUGCCAUUCCCAUCGUGGCUGCCAAGGCCUCUCGAGAUAUUGCCAGUGAUUACAAAUACAAAGAAGCAUAUCGUAAACAGUUGGGUCACCACAUCGGCGCCCGAGCAGUACAUGAUGACCCCAAGAUAAUGUGGUCCCUCCACAUUGCCAAAGUGCAGAGUGACCGUGAGUACAAGAAAGAUUUUGAGAAAUACAAGACAAGGUUCAGCAGCCCAGUGGACAUGCUUGGUAUCGUUUUGGCCAAGAAGUGUCAGACCUUGGUCAGCGAUGUGGACUAUAAACAUCCUCUGCAUGAAUGGAUCUGCCUGCCCGACCAGAAUGACAUCAUUCAUGCACGGAAAGCCUAUGACCUCCAGAGUGAUAAUUUGUAUAAGUCAGACCUUGAAUGGAUGAAAGGCAUUGGCUGGGUUCCUAUUGAUUCCUUGGAAGUUCUUAGGGCCAAGAGAGCUGGAGAAUUACUUAGUGAUACUAUCUACCGUCAGCGUCCAGAAACGCUGAAAUUUACCAGUAUAACAGACUCUCCGGAGCAGGUGCUGGCAAAAAACAAUGCUUUGAACAUGAAUAAGCGCUUAUAUACUGAAGCCUGGGACAAUGACAAGAAAACUAUUCAUGUCAUGCCCGAUACACCAGAAAUCAUGUUAGCCAAACUCAACCGAAUAAACUACAGUGAUAAACUCUAUAAACUUGCUUUGGAAGAGUCCAAGAAGGAAGGCUGUGACUUGCGUCUGGAUGCCAUUCCAAUCCAAGCAGCCAAGGCUUCAAGAGAGAUUGCUAGCGAUUACAAGUACAAGGAAGGCUACCGCAAACAGCUUGGCCACCACAUUGGGGCCCGGAACAUUGAGGAUGACCCGAAGAUGCUGUGGUCCAUCCAUGCGGGCAAGAUCCAGAGUGACAGGGAGUACAAGAAGGACUUUGAGAAGUGGAAGACCAAGUUCAGCAGCCCAGUGGACAUGCUGGGGAUGGUGAUGGCCAAGAAGUGUCAGAUCCUUGUAAGCGACAUAGACUACAGGCAUCCCCUGCAUGAAUGGAUGUGCCUGCCUGAUCAGAACGAUGUCAUUCAGGCUCGGAAGGCCUAUGACCUGCAGAGUGAUGCUAUUUACAAAUCUGACCUUGAGUGGCUGAGAGGAAUAGGAUGGGUUCCCAUUGGCUCUGUAGAGGUCGAGAAGGUGAAGAGAGCUGGAGAAAUCCUGAGUGACAGGAAGUAUCGCCAGCCUAGAGACCAGCUCAAAUUCACAUGCAUUACAGACACUCCGGAAAUUGUCCUCGCAAAGAAUAAUGCCCUGACAAUGAGCAAGCAUUUAUACACCGAAGCUUGGGAUGCUGACAAAACCUCCAUCCACGUGAUGCCAGACACCCCAGAAAUCCUGCUGGCCAAGAGUAAUUCUGCCAAUAUCAGCCAAAAACUUUACACCAAGGGAUGGGAUGAAUCAAAGAUGAAGGACUAUGAUCUGAGAGCAGAUGCUAUUUCCAUCAAAAGUGCCAAGGCCUCCAGGGACAUUGCCAGUGACUACAAAUACAAGGAAGCCUAUGAGAAACAGAAAGGCCACCACAUUGGAGCCCAAAGCAUUGAAGAUGAUCCCAAGAUUAUGUGUGCCAUACAUGCAGGAAAAAUUCAAAGUGAAAGGGAGUACAAGAAGGAAUUCCAGAAGUGGAAGACCAAGUUCUCUAGCCCAGUGGACAUGUUAGGCAUCUUGCUGGCCAAGAAAUGUCAGACUUUGGUCAGUGAUAUUGAUUAUCGCAAUUACCUGCAUCACUGGACAUGCAUGCCCGAUCAAAACGACAUUAUCCAAGCAAAGAAGGCCUAUGACCUGCAGAGUGAUGCCCUCUACAAGGCUGACUUGGAGUGGUUGCGUGGCAUUGGCUGGAUGCCCCAAGGGUCUCCUGAAGUAUUGAGAGUCAAAAAUGCCCAGGAGAUCUUUUGUGACAGUGUCUAUCGGACGCCUGUGGUGAACCUUAAGUACACAAGCAUUGUUGACACACCUGAUGUGGUCCUUGCUAAAUCAAAUGCUGAAAAUAUUAGUAUUCCAAAGUACAGAGAGGUUUGGGACAAGGAUAAAACUUCAGUCCACAUAAUGCCAGAUACUCCAGAAAUUAACCUCGCUAGAGCAAAUGCUCUUAAUGUGAGCAAUAAACUUUACCGUGAGGGCUGGGAUGAAAUGAAGGCAGGCUGUGAUGUCCGGCUGGAUGCCAUCCCCAUCCAGGCUGCCAAGGCCUCCAGGGAGAUUGCCAGUGACUAUAAAUACAAGCUUGACCAUGAGAAGCAGAAGGGACACUACGUGGGCACCCCCACAGCCAGGGAUGACAACAAGAUCCGCUGGGCCCUCAUAGCUGACAAGCUCCAGAAUGAACGAGAGUACCGGCUGGACUGGGCCAAAUGGAAGGCCAAGAUCCAGAGCCCCGCGGACAUGCUUUCCGUCCUGCACUCUAAAAAUUCCCAGGCUCUGGUCAGUGACGUGGAUUACCGCAAUUACCUGCACCAGUGGACCUGCAUGCCCGACCAGAACGAUGUGAUUCAGGCCAAGAAGGCCUACGAACUGCAGAGCGAUAAUGUUUACAAGGCUGACUUGGAAUGGUUGCGUGGAAUUGGGUGGAUGCCAAAUGACUCCGUGUCCGUCAAUCACGCCAAACAUGCCGCGGAUAUCUUCAGUGAGAAAAAAUAUCGCACAAAAAUAGAAACUCUCAACUUUACGCCUGUGGAUGAUAGAGUUGAUUAUGUGACAGCGAAACAAAGUGGCGAGAUCCUUGAUGAUAUUAAAUACCGAAAAGACUGGAAUGACACCAAAUCAAAGUACACCCUCACAGAAACUCCCCUGCUGCACACUGCCCAGGAGGCUGCCAGGAUACUGGACCAGUAUCUCUACAAGGAAGGCUGGGAGAGACAAAAAGCCACAGGUUACAUUUUGCCUCCAGAUGCUGUGCCAUUUGUUCAUGCCCAUCACUCCAGUGAUGUUCAGAGUGAGCUGAAAUACAGAGCUGACCAUGUGAAGCAAAAAGGUCAUUAUGUUGGUGUCCCGACGAUGAGAGAUGACCCUAAGCUGGUUUGGUUUGAGCAUGCAGGCCAGAUUCAGAAUGAGAGACUAUACAAAGAGGACUAUCACAAAACAAAGGCCAAAAUCAAUAUACCUGCUGAUAUGAAGUCAGUCUUGGCCGCCAAGGAGGGGCAGACCCUUGUCAGUGAUAUUGACUACCGUAAUUACUUGCACCAAUGGACGUGUCAUCCUGACCAGAAUGAUGUUAUUCAGGCAAGAAAGGCCUAUGACCUACAGAGCGAUAAUAUCUACAAAGCUGACCUAGAGUGGCUCCGAGGCAUUGGCUGGAUCCCCCUGGAUUCUGUGGACCAUGUGAGGGUUACUAGGAACCAGGAAAUGAUGAAUCAGAUCAAAUAUAAGAAAAAUGCCCUUGACAACUAUCCUAACUUUACAAGUGUGGUAGAUCCUCCAGAGAUUGUUUUAGCCAAGAUUAAUUCUGUCAAUCAAAGUGAUGUAAAAUAUAAAGAAACAUUUAAUAAAGCAAAGGGCAAGUACACGUUUUCACCAGACACACCGCAUAUCUCCCACUCUAGAGACAUGGGAAAACUCUACAGCACUAUACUGUAUAAAGGGGCAUGGGAGGGCACCAAGGCCUAUGGCUACACCCUGGAUGAGCGCUACAUUCCCAUUGUUGGAGCCAAGCAUGCUGAUCUGGUGAACAGUGAGCUUAAAUACAAAGAGACAUAUGAGAAGCAGAAAGGUCACUACUUGGCUGGAAAAGUGAUCGGUGAAUUCCCUGGUGUGGUUCACUGUCUGGAUUUCCAACAGAUGAGGAGUGCGUUGAACUACAGAAAACAUUAUGAGGAUACCAAAGCAAAUGUUCAUAUCCCCAAUGACAUGAUGAAUCACGUGCUGGCUAAAAGGUGCCAGUACAUCCUCAGUGACCUGGAGUAUCGACACUAUUUCCACCAGUGGACAUCUCUUCCGGAAGAACCCAAUGUUAUACGUGUCCGAAACGCCCAGGAGAUCUUGAGUGAUAAUGUGUAUAAAGAUGACCUGAAUUGGUUGAAAGGCAUUGGUUGCUACGUUUGGGAUACACCCCAAAUCCUCCAGGCCAAGAAAUCAUACGACCUUCAGAGUCAGCUACAAUAUACAGCAGCAGGUAAAGAAAAUCUACAAAACUAUAAUCUGGUCACAGACACACCCGUCUAUGUGACUGCUGUUCAGAGUGGCAUUAAUGCCAGUGAGGUGAAAUAUAAAGAAAAUUAUCAUCAGAUUAAGGACAAAUACACAACCGUUCUGGAAACAGUGGAUUCUGACAGAAUCAGAAACCUGAAGGAUCUUUACAGCAGUAACCUGUACAAGGAGGCCUGGGAUAGAGUGAAAGCCACCAGCUACAUCCUGCCUUCCAGCACCUUGUCCCUGACACACGCCAAGAACCAGAAGCAUCUGGCCAGCCAUGUCAAAUAUCGGGAGGAAUAUGAAAAGUUCAAAGCUCUUUAUACGUUACCAAGAAGUGUUGACGAUGAUCCGAACACAGCACGGUGCCUCCGAGUUGGCAAGCUUAACAUUGAUCGCUUGUACAGAUCAGUUUAUGAAAAGAACAAGAUGAAAAUCCACAUUGUGCCCGACAUGGUAGAGAUGGUUACCGCUAAGGAUUCUCAGAAGAAAGUCAGCGAGAUUGAUUACCGCCUGCACCUCCAUGAAUGGAUUUGCCACCCCGACUUGAAAGUCAAUGAUCACGUCAGGAAAGUCACAGAUCAGAUCAGUGAUAUUGUGUACAAGGAUGACCUCAACUGGCUGAAAGGCAUUGGUUGCUACGUCUGGGACACUCCUGAAAUCCUCCAUGCCAAGCAUGCUUAUGAUCUACGUGAUGAUAUCAAGUAUAAAGCUCACAUGCUGAAAACAAGGAAUGACUAUAAGCUUGUCACAGAUACACCAGUCUACGUGCAGGCUGUCAAAAGUGGGAAACAGCUAAGUGACGCUGUCUACCACUAUGACUAUGUGCACAGUGUCAGAGGCAAAGUGGCUCCAACUACCAAAACCGUGGAUCUGGACCGGGCCCUUCAUGCAUACAAGCUCCAGAGUUCGAAUCUAUACAAAACCAGCCUGCGCACCCUGCCCACUGGAUAUAGACUUCCAGGUGACACUCCUCACUUCAAACACAUCAAGGACACCCGUUACAUGAGCAGUUAUUUCAAGUACAAAGAAGCCUAUGAACACACCAAGGCAUAUGGGUAUACACUUGGUCCCAAAGAUGUUCCAUUUGUGCACGUCCGGAGAGUCAACAAUGUUACCAGCGAGAGACUGUAUCGGGAAUUGUACCACAAACUGAAAGACAAGAUCCAUACAACUCCCGAUACCCCUGAGAUCCGCCAAGUCAAGAAGACACAAGAGGCUGUCAGUGAGUUGAUCUACAAAUCAGACUUCUUCAAGAUGCAGGGCCACAUGAUCUCUCUGCCAUACACACCCCAAGUGAUCCAUUGCCGCUACGUAGGAGACAUUACCAGUGAUAUUAAAUACAAAGAGGACCUGCAGGUCCUGAAGGGAUUUGGCUGCUUCCUAUAUGACACUCCUGACAUGGUCCGCUCCCGGCACCUGCGGAAGCUCUGGUCUAAUUAUCUGUACACUGAUAAGGCAAGGAAGAUGCGAGACAAAUACAAAGUGGUGCUUGACACUCCAGAAUACAGAAAAGUGCAAGAACUGAAGACACAUCUGAGUGAGCUGGUCUACAGAGCUGCAGGCAAGAAGCAGAAGUCAAUCUUUACUUCAGUUCCUGAUACUCCUGAUCUUUUAAGAGCCAAGCGAGGGCAGAAGCUUCAGAGUCAGUAUCUGUAUGUUGAACUUGCCACCAAAGAGAGACCCCAUCAUCACGCUGGAAACCAGACCACAGCCUUGAAGCACGCUAAAGACGUGAAGGACAUGGUCAGCGAGAAAAAGUACAAGAUUCAAUAUGAAAAGAUGAAGGACAAGUACACUCCAGUUCCAGAUACGCCAAUCCUCAUCAGAGCCAAGAGGGCUUACUGGAAUGCCAGUGAUCUACGCUACAAAGAAACAUUUCAAAAGACCAAAGGAAAAUACCACACAGUGAAAGAUGCCCUAGACAUUGUCUAUCAUCGCAAAGUCACAGAUGACAUCAGUAAAAUAAAAUACAAGGAGAACUACAUGAGCCAGCUGGGUAUCUGGAGGUCCAUUCCUGAUCGUCCGGAGCAUUUCCACCACCGAGCAGUCACUGACGCAGUCAGUGAUGUAAAAUAUAAGGAAGACUUGACUUGGCUUAAAGGCAUUGGUUGCUAUGCUUAUGAUACCCCUGAUUUCACUCUGGCUGAAAAGAACAAGACUCUCUACAGCAAGUAUAAGUAUAAAGAAGUAUUUGAAAGGACGAAGUCAGACUUCAAGUAUGUUGCCGACUGUCCAAUCAAUAGGCAUUUCAAGUAUGCAACUCAAUUGAUGAAUGAGAAAAAAUACAGAGCUGAUUAUGAGCAGCGGAAAGAUAAAUACCACCUGGUAGUGGAUGAGCCUAGACAUCUGCUGGCUAAGACCGCAGGCGACCAGAUCAGUCAGAUCAAAUACAGGAAAAACUAUGAAAAAUCAAAGGACAAAUUUACCUCAAUUGUGGAUACUCCAGAACACCUGCGUACUACAAAAGUCAACAAACAAAUCAGCGAUAUCCUUUAUAAAUUGGAAUACAACAAGGCCAAACCCAGAGGCUACACCACAAUCCACGACACGCCCAUGUUGCUGCAUGUCCGCAAAGUUAAAGAUGAAGUCAGUGAUCUGAAAUACAAAGAAGUAUACCAAAGAAAUAAAUCCAACUGCACCAUUGAGCCAGAUGCUGUUCAUAUCAAAGCAGCCAAGGACGCCUACAAAGUCAACACCAAUCUGGACUAUAAGAAACAGUAUGAGGCCACCAAGGCCCACUGGAAGUGGACCCCUGACCGACCGGACUUCCUCCAGGCCGCCAAGUCAUCCCUGCAGCAGAGUGACUUUGAAUAUAAGCUGGACCGGGAGUUCCUCAAGGGUUGCAAGCUUUCUGUCACUGAUGACAAAAACACGGUGCUGGCCCUCAGGAAUACUUUAAUAGAAAGUGAUCUGAAAUACAAAGAGAAACAUGUCAAGGAAAGAGGAACCUGCCAUGCCGUACCUGACACGCCUCAGAUCCUGCUGGCGAAGACUGUCAGCCACCUGGUGUCUGAGAACAAGUACAAGGACCAUGUCAAGAAGCACUUGGCACAGGGCUCAUACACAACACUACCAGAGACCCGGGACACUGUUCACGUCAAGGAAGUGACCAAGCACGUCAGUGAUACAAAUUACAAAAAGAAGUUUGUCAAGGAGAAAGGAAAAUCCAACUACUCCAUCAUGCUGGAGCCACCAGAGGUGAAACAUGCUAUGGAAGUGGCCAAGAAGCAAAGUGAUGUCGCUUACAGAAAAGAUGCUAAAGAGAACCUGCAUUACACCACAGUGGCCGAUCGACCAGAUAUCAAGAAGGCCACACAGGCAGCCAAACAGGCCAGUGAGGUGGAGUACAGAGCAAAGCACCGCAAGGAGGGCAGCCACGGCUUAAGCAUGCUCGGUCGCCCAGACAUAGAAAUGGCCAAGAAGGCAGCCAAGCUGAGCAGCCAGGUUAAAUACCGAGAAAACUUCGAUAAAGAAAAGGGCAAGACACCAAAAUACAAUCCAAAAGACAGCCAGCUCUACAAAGUCAUGAAAGAUGCUAAUAAUCUUGCAAGUGAGGUUAAAUAUAAGGCUGACCUGAAGAAACUUCACAAACCUGUGACUGACAUGAAGGAGUCUCUGAUCAUGAAUCAUGUCCUGAAUACAAGCCAACUUGCCAGUUCUUACCAGUACAAGAAGAAGUAUGAGAAGAGUAAAGGCCACUACCACACCAUACCCGAUAAUCUGGAGCAGCUUCACCUAAAAGAGGCCACAGAAUUACAGAGUAUAGUGAAAUACAAAGAAAAGUAUGAAAAGGAACGAGGAAAACCCAUGCUGGACUUUGAAACACCAACGUACAUCACUGCCAAAGAGUCUCAGCAGAUGCAGAGUGGGAAAGAAUACAGGAAAGAUUAUGAAGAGUCCAUUAAAGGCAGAAACCUGACUGGCCUGGAGGUCAUGCCAGCUUUGUUACAUGUCAAAUAUGCAACUAAAAUAGCAAGCGAGAAAGAGUACAGGAAAGAUCUAGAGGAAAGCAUCCGUGGGAAGGGCCUCACUGAAAUGGAAGAUACACCUGACAUGCUAAGAGCAAAGAAUGCCACUCAAAUCCUCAAUGAGAAAGAAUAUAAGCGAGACCUGGAACUGGAAGUCAAAGGAAGAGGCCUGAAUGCCAUGGCCAAUGAAACUCCAGAUUUUAUGAGGGCCAGGAAUGCUACUGAUAUUGCCAGUCAGAUUAAGUAUAAGCAAUCAGCAGAAAUGGAGAAAGCCAAUUUCACUUCUGUGGUUGAUACUCCAGAGAUCAUUCAUGCCCAACAAGUCAAGAAUCUUUCAAGCCAGAAAAAAUACAAGGAAGAUGCUGAGAAGUCCAUGUCAUAUUAUGAGACUGUUUUGGACACCCCAGAGAUGCAGAGAGUCCGGGAGAACCAAAAGAACUUCAGCCUUCUCCAAUACCAGUGUGACCUUAAAAACAGUAAAGGAAAAAUUACAGUUGUUCAAGACACGCCAGAAAUACUGCGUGUAAAAGAAAAUCAAAAGAAUUUCAGCUCGGUUUUAUAUAAAGAGGAUGUCUCACCAGGAACGGCUAUCGGAAAGACACCUGAGAUGAUGAGAGUGAAACAAACACAGGACCACAUUAGCUCGGUGAAGUAUAAGGAAGCAAUAGGACAAGGAACUCCAAUCCCUGACCUGCCUGAAGUGAAACGUGUGAAGGAGACGCAGAAGCACAUUAGCUCGGUUAUGUACAAAGAAAACUUGGGAACAGGCAUUCCAACCACUGUGACUCCAGAGAUUGAGAGAGUCAAACGCAAUCAAGAGAACUUUAGCUCGGUUUUGUACAAAGAAAAUUUGGGGAAAGGAAUCCCAACAGCUAUCACUCCAGAGAUGGAGAGAGUCAAACGCAAUCAAGAGAACUUUAGCUCGGUGUUAUACAAAGAAAACAUGGGCAAGGGAACCCCUUUACCUGUCACUCCUGAGAUGGAGAGAGUCAAACACAAUCAAGAAAAUAUUAGCUCGGUUUUGUACAAAGAAAAUGUGGGGAAAGCCACCCCAACCCCUGUCACUCCUGAGAUGCAGAGAGUCAAACGCAAUCAAGAAAACAUUAGCUCGGUGUUAUACAAAGAGAACCUGGGGAAAGCAACCCCCACACCUUUUACUCCUGAGCUGGAAAGAGUGAAACGCAAUCAAGAAAACUUUAGCUCGGUAUUGUACAAAGAGAACAUGAGAAAAGCAACUCCGACACCUGUUACUCCAGAGAUGGAGAGAGCUAAGCGCAACCAAGAAAACAUUAGCUCGGUUCUUUAUUCUGAUAGCUUCCGGAAACAAAUACAAGGCAAAGCUGCCUAUGUAUUGGAUACCCCCGAGAUGAGACGGGUGAGGGAGACCCAACGGCACAUCUCAACGGUGAAGUAUCAUGAAGACUUUGAGAAACACAAGGGUUGCUUCACACCAGUGGUGACAGAUCCUAUCACUGAAAGAGUAAAGAAGAACAUGCAGGACUUCAGUGACAUUAACUACCGAGGUAUUCAGAGGAAAGUGGUAGAAAUGGAACAAAAACGGAAUGACCAAGAUCAGGAGACUAUUACAGGUUUACGUGUCUGGCGUACUAAUCCUGGUUCGGUUUUUGACUAUGACCCAGCAGAAGACAACAUCCAGUCCCGAAGCUUACACAUGAUUAAUGUCCAAGCUCAGCGCCGCAGCCGGGAGCAGUCACGAUCUGCCAGUGCACUGAGCAUCAGUGGGGGUGAGGAGAAGUCUGAGCAUUCAGAAGCGCCAGACCACCACCUUUCGACUUACAGCGACGGGGGUGUCUUUGCAGUCUCAACAGCUUACAAACAUGCAAAAACCACAGAGCUCCCACAACAACGAUCAUCUUCAGUUGCUACCCAACAGACAACGGUAUCUUCCAUCCCAUCUCAUCCAUCUACUGCUGGAAAAAUCUUCCGUGCCAUGUAUGACUAUAUGGCUGCUGAUGCAGAUGAGGUGUCUUUCAAGGAUGGAGAUGCCAUCAUAAAUGUUCAAGCUAUUGAUGAAGGUUGGAUGUAUGGCACUGUGCAGAGGACUGGCAGGACCGGAAUGCUCCCAGCCAACUACGUUGAAGCUAUUUAGGCAUUUCAAAGCAUCACACUUGUCUGCAGGACCUACAGAUCCUACUAGACUCUCCACUGUUACCUAAUUUCUCGAGCUGCCUAUGGUUUUUCUGUGUCAAUGUGAUUUAUGGUAGUACCAUCCUUUCACCUUUGGGUUUUAAAAUAAGUUGCAGAAUAGACAUUUUAAAAGCUUCUGCAAUAUUAUUUCUGUGCCUCGCAUCUUUCUCCAUUAUAAACAUGUUUUAACAUUAUUUCUUUUCUAAAACAGGGAUUUUGAAUAUGCCAAACACAUUAAAGGAAAAAUAGCAGAGAUGUUCACUUUUUCCUUGCUUACUGAUUGAUAAUGCUUAUUAUUCAGUUCUGAAAUUAUAAACUUACAAUCAAUACAAACUAGCAACUAAUAAAACCUCUAAUUCUGCAA